AUGUUAGUUUAUAAUCUCAAAGUUUCAGUUGAUUUGAGUUCCCCUUCAGGACAAUCUGAUGUUUUAUGCUGGGUACAAUAUACCCCUGAUUAUGUAAAUCCACCUGUUAAAUUAUCCAAAUCAAAUGAAGAGACCAUUGCUGUUACAGUCACAAGGAAACCUGAAGUAGAUUUCAAUUUCGAUGAUGACAGUUUCUUCGGAUACAAUGACAAAUACAAAGGAAAUGUUGUUGUUAAUGAUGACUCUAAAGGAAGAGUAGUUGUUGAGCUUAAAAACAGUCAAGUAACUAAAACCGUUUUUGAUAGUGAAUAUAAUAGUUACAAUAAAGAAAAACAGGUUGGUUUCUCUUUUGAUAUUGAUAGAGAAAUCAAAUAUGGAUUAACAAAUUAUGUUAAAAUUACUGUAACUGAUGAAUAUGGAAUGUCAGUUUCUGAACAAAGAGAAAUAACAAUUAUCAAUAAACCAGUUAUUACUUUCUCCAAUUUCACACCUGAUUAUGCUUUACAAGGUGAUUAUAUUUAUGCAGAUGUUAAUUUCACAGAUUAUGAUCAAAACAAACCAAUUUAUUUCUAUUACACUUUGAAUGAUGUAACUAAAAAAGUAGAACAAUCAAAAGUCUCAAAUGGAGAAGCAAAUCAACACAUUCAAUUAAGAAUUUUUAUUCCUUUAGAUACAGAAAGUAAAUUACAGACAAUUGACUUGAAACUCUCCAAUCUUGAAUCACAAACAUUAGAAACAAAUAGAAAUUCAUAUUCUGAAUCAAGAUCAUAUCCACUUGAAGUAACUUAUAGACCAACAAUUACUGUAAACAAGAUCAACCAAUUAUACUCUAAAGGACAGAAAAUACUCUUGAAAGGACAAAUAUCUGGUAACCAAUUAGUAAAUGUUGUUAUGUUAAUUGAUGACGUUCCACAAAAGCCUUACAAGAUAUUAACUAAAGGAAAAGAAUUGAUUGAUUAUGAAUACAAUCUAGUUCUUCCUAAUGACAUCAAAUUUGGAACAAGAAUCUUGAAAGUUAAAGCUGUUGAUUCCAAAGGAGUUGAAUCAACAAAUACAGAAAAACUUCAAUUUGUUUAUAAGAACAAGCCAGUGAUUGCAAGAGUUGAUAAUAUUAAAGAAUAUUAUGAUACAUAUGGUGAUUUAACAUUCAAUGUUUAUGUUAAUGAUACAGACAAAAACAAAGAAUUAUAUAUUCAUGGACAAAUCGGAAAUGAUUAUCCAUAUCUUUUAAGUUACGGACAAAGUUCAACAGGUGGAGACAAUCAAUUGUUUGAAAUCAAUCAAUAUUUCGAUACUUAUUUGAGUGGCGAACAAAACUUCAAAGUUUGGGUUUCAGAUAGUUUUGAUCCAACACAUGAAAGUGAUAUUGAUAACUCAGAAGUUUAUGAAACUAAGAUUGUUUUGAAGUAUACUCCUUCAUUAGAUGUAACAUUUACACCAAGUGAUUAUUACAUUGCAAUGAAUUCUUCAUUAGAUAUCAGAUAUACUCAUUAUGAAGAAGAAAAAGUCACGAUGAAAAUAAUUAUUGGACAAAAAGAAAUUCUUUCAGAAGAAAUCAACACGAAAUCCGGAAGAAAAUCAGUUCAAAUAACAGAUGAUAUUGGUUAUGGACAGAAACAUGUUUCUGUUUAUAUAAUCAACAAAUAUAAGUUUGAAUCUACUUAUCAAGAAACAGAUAUUUAUGUAACAAGUCCUUCUGUUUUGCAUAAUUGCAGUUUUACAAGGAAUUUUGCAUUACCAAAUGAGUUGAUUGAAAUUGAAGGUAGUUUCGAUGAUUUCGAGAAGAACAAAUAUCUUUACGUCUUCUUAAAACUUGGUGAUAGAGAAGUUAAAUCUGCAUCUCAUAAGAUCCAAUCAUCUGGUGAAUAUAACCAGAAAUUCCAAUUCGGAAUUACAAUUCCAAAGGAUGAAAUAAUUGGAAUUAAAUCUGUUACAUUUUGGAUGUCAUCAAAUAGUAAUCCACAAUCAUCAAAUGCAGUAUUUGAUUCAAAGAAGAUCAAUGGAAACUUAUUGAUUUCAUUCAAACCAUCCUUAGAAAUCAAACCAUUAUCUAAAACAGUAUAUGACGAUGGAGAUAAAAUCACAUUGAGUGGUUCAGUAAAUGCACAUACAAAUGUUGUUUUGAACUAUCAAAUUGAUAGUAUAAUUCUUGAACAAGAAACACCAGUAACAAUCCAAGAAUACUCAGGAAUUUUCAGUGUAAAUCUUGAAAUUCCUAGUGCAUAUAAAUAUGGUAAACAUGUUUUAUAUGUACAAGCAAUAGAUGGAAAUGGACAAACAACAGGAUUCACAACUAUUAAUUUUGAAAUCGAAAAUCCACCAAAGAUUUUGUCAGUAAGUUUAGAAAAAGAUGUUGUUAAAGUUGACCAGAAAUUAGUUGUCAAAGGAACAGUACAAGAUAAAGAUCUUGGAAACAAAAUCAGAAUACUAUAUAGAUUCGAUAAAGGAGAAGAAACAAAUGCAUAUAAAUUACAAUCAGAUAGUUCAGUCCAAGAAUUUACAUUCAGUAUUGUAAUUAACUUAGAAGUUGGAGAACACACAAUUGAAAUUAUUGCUAGUGAUAAUGAUGGCACAGAAUCUGCCACAGCAUCACUUAAGUUCACUGUUGAAAAGAUAGAUGAAACAGUAGAAAAUACAAAUACAACUGAAAACAACAAUAAUGCUAAUUCAAAUACAUCAAGCAAGAGUGGUAAAAAGAAUGCAGGAUUGAUUGCAGGCGUUGUUAUUGCAGCUCUUAUUCUUGUUGCUCUAUUAGUUGUUGCUUCAGUUCUUCUCAUUAAGAGAAAACAAACAACACAAAAUAAUAAUUCUGGAAGUGAAGGCUCGGAUAUUCAAGAGUUUGAAACAAAUAUCUCUCGCAACAACAAUUUCACUAUUGAAGAAAUUGCAACAAAUGAUAAUCCAUUAUUUUCAUCAACGCCAUUAGGAAAUGAAACAGAUCCAUUCUCAGAUGAAUUUGAAGAACAAGAACCAUAA